AUGAGAAAUUUUCGGCAUGUAGGAAGGAUAUGUUUCACAAGAUUUGUUACACUUCCAUGGAAAUCCAAUUUACCGUCAAUUCAAGAUCCGAAUUGGAGGAUAUUAGGUAAGAAUGUCGUUGAUGUCGCACAGAGCUGUGAUACUGGAGAGGCAGCUUUCAAUGAGUGCUGCUUAGCACGUGACCAACUUGAAUCUAUUGUUCAGUCCAUUGGAUACGAUAUGAACGUAUUUAUUUUUGGAGGCCUCGUUACUCUUAAAAUCUUUGAAGUUGGUGGAGAUGUCGAUUUUGUUGGUGUAUCUGAUAUUGAGCCUGGAACUCAAGAAGCUUCUGAAAUUGUUAAACGCGUCGCAAGGGAGUUGCGUCAUUUGGGCCUCAAAGCGUGGUGUCUUCCGAAAGCGCGUGUGCCAGUUGUGAAAGUCGACCGAAUUAGUAAGUGCUUCCCAGGCUCACCAUUUAAUAGUCUUUCUUGCGAUGGUGUGUUUCAGUUUAUUCGUCAACUUAACAAUACUGAAGCGGAGGAAUUUUCAAAUUAUCUGAAAGAAAAUUAUGGUGCCAAGGAGGUGGAGUGGAGCAGUACGUUCAAUUUCGCUACAGCAAGGUUUCCCACCACUUCUUCCUUAAUGUACGCCCUUCCGCAUUUAAAAUCUCAAAAUGAGAAUAUUCUUGCGAGCCUUCCUGUGGACACUCGGAAUGGGCCUGAAAUCUAUCGUUUCCCAUUCGAUUUCUGCCUUUCAUCUACGGGGUUGCGAAACUCAUAUCUCCUUGGUGAAGCCCUUUCCAAGUACCCAUUUUCACGUCACCUCUUGUUGACAUUAAAAAAAUGGGGCCGUGCAUGUGGGACCAUUAACUCAAUUGAUGGUCUUCUAGCAAGCUAUGCAUUAACUGUAAUGUUGGUACACUUUUUGGCACUAGUUGGUAUAAUUCCAAUAGUCUCAACUGAAAAUAAUGCAUGUGGACCUUAUUUGCUAGAAGCCUCACCAAAAUAUCAACCCUUGGCAUAUAGUACAGACGGUGAUAUGGCACAAGUAGGGUUUUUGCUUGCUUCAUUUCUUGAGUACUUUGGCAAAAUUUUCAACUACACACAGAAUGUCGUGUGCACCAGCGAUAUGAAUUUGUCUAAAAAAUCUAUGGGCUGGAAUGAGCUUAGUAACACAAAUGGCAAACCACCGUUUUUUGAGUUUGCUAUAAAGGAUCCAUAUGGAAUAGACAAUAUCGGGCGUAAUUUAGAUCUGGAAUCCACUUUAUUUGUUCAAGAGGCACACGCCUUUGGUCUGGAGUGUUUAUUGGAGAACUUUAAUGAUCCUAACGCUUCACUCCACAUUUUAACCCAAAAACCACCAAUACCGAAGCGCAGCACAUACGUCUCAAGGAAGAAAGGUAUCGAUUCUGACUUCCCUGCAACAAAUCAGUUUGAGGCAAGAAAUGCACUCAGUAAAAUGCGUUUUCACGAACGUAAAAAAACUAUCGAAAAAUUUGGCAUAAAAGCUGCCAAAAAUGCCGAAAAUCAGCAUGCCGCUUCAAGGGUGACAAAGGAUAUUCUUGGAUGGAUUCGAAAUGAUGUGAAUCGCUAA